CCUUGCAGAACUCAGCAGGGGGCAAGAUGGAGACCAGACCGUGUUGCCUCUGCCUGACAUUGGCUCUCUGGCGCCACCUACUGCCUGCCUCCCUGCCUCCUGCCCCAUCAGUCCCAAGAGCUGCCAGGCAUCCCGGCUUGGGCUACUGUUCUGCUGUGCUUUGUGGUCCAGCUUUGGAAAACUCCCGAUCUUUCUCCCCCAGAGCCAACGCCGUUCUUCGCAGGCUGCCAGUACAUCUGCACAAGGCCCUAUCCGCCUCAACUCAACUCUGCCUACCUUGAUCACCCUUUUGUGCCUCAAAUGUCCUGCGGAGGAGCUGUGGUUCCCUGGCCCAGCUAUCCCAUCUACUACCCGCCAGCCACCCUCGUUCCUGACGGACACCUCUGUUAUUCUUAUAGCGAAGCUGACAUGGGCAACAUCUUUUCAACUUUGAGGGCAAGAGAAGUGUUCAGCCUUGAGGUCACCCUGUCGACUGUGACCACCACUUUAAUAAAGAGCCACAUCCCUGAGAUUGACUGUCCAGAGGAUCUUUCUUCUUUGCUGAAGUUCUCGUGCACAAGCAUCUCCAUCCAGUUUACUGCUAACUAUGUCUAUCUUGAUGCUGAGCUGCGUAUCAAUAUUGGCUAUUCCCAGUCAGAGUUUGUUGGCCUCCUUCAACUCACAGCGAGACUGAGAAUAAUUCUCCACCUGGCCAUUGACUGCCAAAGAGGACUGCUGCUGUUGUCGGUGGAUGAGAUAAGCGACCUCAAGAUUACAGCUACUUGCAGCGGGAGCCCUUGCACGGUUGAUGGCUCCGUGAUAGAGGAACUGUUUCUGAUAAGGACACACUGCCGGGACUUAUUCAACGAGAGUCUGAAAGGCGGAAUCCCCUGGCCGUUCCCCAUAAACUGUGCCUGUUCCUCCUGCCGUGACGUCAUUGUUGUCCCGAAAUUUGCCAUGUGGUGCUGCAACCUGAACUACCUGCCCUGAUAACCUCGGGUGGCUGGAGAAGACCCUUCGCUCAGAAGGGGGAAAGGAGGGGAAACCGGGGUGGUUGAUUUCUCUAUGUUCUCUUUAGUGGGAUGGGGUCAAUCAUGCACAGGGGUGUAUCUGCAAUUGUGCACAUCUUUAGAUCUUGCAAUCAGGGCUUUUUUCAGCUGGAACUCAGUUGGUGCCAUUCUAAGAGAACAAGGGAGGCGUUUGUGGUGAGU